UUUCAAGGUCUGAGGAAAUACUGGUUAGUAACAUCUAUCCCGACCUGUACUGUAUUUGCUAUUUGUGCAGAUUUGAGACAUACAUAUUUGUGGAAGAAACAAUUAGCUGCAGAGGGGCAACUAAAAUCAAACAUUUAGAAUGCCAGCAUUAUCACCAGUGGCACAACAAGCUAUAGCAACUGUUGCUUUUGUAUGUGUAGCAUACACUGCGCGUCAACUUUACGACUAUGGCUCUGGGUUAAUAAUGAUAGACUAUCGUGAUAAAUCAGCAUUAUAUGGAAGAGAAUUAAAACCUGGAGAACCUCCAUCUUGGCCAUAAUUUACUCUUAUAUUAUGUUAUAUUAUAUAUAAUAUAUUAGUUGUCUUCUAAGUACAUCUGUAUUUUAAAGAUAACUAUAUGUAUACAAAAUAGUAAAUUGGUAAGAGGAAAUAAUAAAUCAUGUAAGUUAUAA